UUCAAUUUUAUUCUGCUGUUGAAUUUUUCGUGGUUUUGGGAGUAUGUGCUGAGGUUCGCUAAGAUCUCCAGGCGCAAUAUAACGUUUCUUUUCCGAAAUAAUAAAAUUUUGUUUCAUCCAGUCAUUUUCAUUAAUUAAUUCCAAAAUGGAUCCAGCACUUCUCCGAGAACGCGAGGCCUUCAAGCGGCGGGCCAUGGCUACGCCAACCGUCGAAAAGAAGGCCCGCACUGAACCAAGCUAUGCCUCCCCGAAAGACGUCAAGAAACCGCGACCGUCGAUCGCCCCACCGAAGAUGGAUGCUAGCAACUAUAAAACGAUGUCCGGGAGUUCCCAGUACCGGUUCGGUGUCCUAGCAAAGAUUGUAAAGCAUAUGCGCUCCCGCCACCAGGAAGGAGAAGACCAUCCUCUUACACUAGAGGACAUCCUAGAUGAAACCAAUCAACUGGAUAUUGGUUCAAGUGUGAAAAGUUGGCUCCAAACAGAAGCUCUCAGAAAUAAUCCAAAGAUUGAAGUCACCCCUGAGGGACGGUACGUGUUUAAGGCAGUCUUCAGAAUUAAGGAUGGAAAGAGUUUGAUGCGUUUGCUUAAGCAGCAUGAUUUGAAGGGCUUAGGAGGAGUACUUUUGGACGAUGUUCAGGAAUCGUUGCCCCAUUGCGAAAAGGUCCUGAAAAACCGUGCCUCAGAAAUAGUUUUCAUUACUCGACCAAACGAUAAGAAAAAAGUACUGUUCUACAACGACCGGACGGCAAACUUUCACAUUGACGAAGAUUUCCAGAAGCUGUGGCGAGCAGUCACAGUGGACGCGAUGGAUGAUGCCAAGAUCGAUGAGUAUCUAGAGAAGCAAGGCAUUCGUUCGAUGCAGGACCAUGGGCCGAAGAAACCGAUGAUUCCGAAGCGAAAGAAGGCACAGGCCAAGAAAAGACAAUUCAAAAAACCACGAGAUAACGAACAUUUGGCUGAUGUUUUGGAGACCUAUGAGGACAACACACUGACGCAGUCGAAUGCGGUGCAGGAAGUCAAGCAGCAGGGUAACUGAGAUGGAAAUACGGCGUGCGCGGGGGAGGGAAUCUAGUGUUUUGGAAAUAAAACGCAUUAUUGUUACGGUAA